AUGCUACAUCUACUACAUAAUAGAAAGUAUAAAGUCUUGACCUUGUUGUUCCUCGCUGUGGUGGCCGCAUGUAGUCUCAACUUGUUCAUAGCGACACGCAUAGACCAGAAGUACUUGGAAUCGACAGCUCUCAAAUUGCACGGAGAUCUGAAAUUUAACCCUAGGGCCAGCACCAGAGCAGUAUUCAAAUUUGUGCUGGAUAGAAUAAAACAUAACAGUCAAGUGUCCCGUGCUGGUAAUCCCGACGGUAUAUACUUUCACUGGGAUGACUGGGUGGACUUGUCUCCAGCCGAUCGGAUCUUGAACAGGUACAGAAAGGGGUUUCCCUUAGGAGAAUGCGACGACAUCAUCGAAGACUUUGCCAAAGUUAACGGCUACCGAAUGGAAUCAUAUAAUAGAAAAGUACUUAGAGGGAUGGCCAACUUGUACUGUUCCAAGGAAGUGCCUGACAGAAUUAUCCUCACUACUGACAACGAGAUGAUCGAAGUCCCUGUAGUUGGAAAGAGAAGAAUGGGAUACGAUAGCAAGCCUAUAAAGAUGAACAAACAGAUGCUCAUUAGGAAAAUGAAAAAAGUAGAAAAAAGUGUUGUACAUUCGAACUUCACCACCUACCCUAUUAAAGCAUUGCAGUCGAACUUGGAUAUUAGUGUGGCAGACUUUUUGUUCGAUCCAGAGGCUGAAACCUUCAAGCUACAAGAAAAAGAAUCACAAACAAAGUUAACUUCUGAAGAACUGACGUACUUAGAAUUUCUACAGACUUCAAGCGAAUUGUCGGACCAUGCAGACAAGUUCUUUAAAUAUCCAUGGAUCGUCACUGAUGUCGUCCAAGGAAGAUCGCAUCAUAUAGCAUAUCCAUUUUUUAAGAGAUUCAUUGGAGACAGAGAAAGACAGAGUAUUAUACACCACAUGAUCAGAGCCUGGUUCCUGUUUGCAGAGACGACUGGCUAUGCCAGUUGGAUUGCGCAUGGCUCUUUACUUGGUUGGACAUAUAAUGGGGUUAACAUGCCAUGGGAUACAGAUGUGGAUAUACAAAUGCCAAUUGUGCAAAUCGACAAACUUGGAAGAUACCACAACAACUCUAUCAUUGUUGAAAACCCACGCUAUGGAAAUGGAAAAUACUAUCUUGUGGUUGCACCAACGUACUUGAAAUAUGGAAAUGGUAGAAAUUUCAUUGAUGCCAGGUUCAUCGACAUCAACAGUGGUCUUUACAUUGACAUUUCUGCUGUGCAAUAUACUGGUGACGUUCCUCCAAAUAAUGAGCAGAAUGAAAGACGAGACUUGUCUCAGCUAUGGGUCCAUUGCAAGAACUGGAACUGGAAUUCUUUGGAUGAGAUCCUACCCCUUAGACAUACCUAUUUUGAAGGCGGAUCGGCAUACAUUCCAAAGAAAGUGACUCAGAUCAUGUCACGCAAAUAUGGAUCUGACUCUAUGUCUGACUAUAGUUUCCACCACCAUAACUUCCAAAAAGACAUAGAUCUAUGGGUUCCUGAUGAGAUCUGUUCGAAACCACCUAAAAUAAAGACAAGAUUCAACGAGCAUGGUGGUCUUUCCUACAAAGGAGCUUGUCAUAGCCCUGUGUUAAGCGAUGAAUACGAUAUCGUAAAACCUUCGGCAGAUAGACACAAAUUACUCAACAAAAACCUAGACAACCCGGCUACUUACAGAGUGGAGGAGAUGGGAGAAUUACCCUUCUUGCGAAAAGAUGCCUGGGACUACUUUAACGACCUUAAUGAAAACCUCGUACAUUGCACUGGCUGGGCCAUUAAUGAACCAGUCGUGGGAAAGAUAUACGAAACCGGAAAAGCAAACGAAAAGCAAUAG